AUGUAUAAACUUUUUCUGACUUUGUUGGCCCUAACCGGUCUUUCCACUGCGCGUCCCGACGUGUUUCUCAUCCGACAUGGUGAAAAGCCAAAAAAUGGAAACGGCCUUAAUAAAGAUGGCCUGGAUCGAGCAGAGUGUAUUCGACAUAUCUUUGGGGAACACACAGACUACAACAUUGGAUACAUACUUGCGCAAAAGCCUAAAAAGAACGGGAGACGAAACCGACCAUACGAAACUGUCAAGCCACUUGCUCGAGACUUGGGAAUGAAGGUCGACAUAUCUUGCAAUCGCGAUGAUGCAAAAUGUGUGAAGAAGGCUAUCGCAAAAUACAAUGGGGAUGGAAAUAUUUUAGUAUGCUGGGAGCACCAUCGAAUGACCGAUCUGGUAGAAGAGCUUGGAUACAAGGAUGUGCCACAAUAUCCCGAUAAUCGCUUCGACUUGAUUUGGACUGAUCCAUACCCAUACACGAAAAUCACGGAGAUAACGAGUGAAAAAUGCAUCGGUCUGGAUUGGUUUCCGGAGGAGCUAUGA